AUGGCGCAACACUUUGUUCGAAAGGAAACUGCUGGGUCGAUCUUUUACAGAGUUACGGGACUGUUACGUUCCAGACAAUUGAAGUGGAAAGAGAGGCCAUUAUGGUACGACGUGUAUGUAGCUAAUCCACCACAUACUGAAACUUCUACAGAUACAUCAUUUCCGAUCAGAAAAUUAUAUUACAAGGACGAUAUCGCUAUGGCGCGAUUUUAUAAGCAGUUCCGUUCAUUGGGGGCUAUAAGUAUCAGUAAUGAAGAGUCGGAAUCACUCUGUAAAAAAUUCACCGACCUUUAUAAGACGAUCGGAAAAACGUGGCCUGAACUAAACGACGAUGAGCACUAUCAAAAAGCUUUGGUGAUGCUGAAUAAAAAACUUAUCUUGGAAAAGAGGGGAAUAAGCGGACAGAAAUCUUUGCAGUAA